ACACAAAAAUCAUAUCUCAUAAAAAGUUUAGGCCUAAGACAAAAAUUCCUCCAGAUAAAAAAUCAAACAAAACAGCCAUGUUCAAGGGAAACUACUCUAAUUUUUGUUUGGAAAGAUGGCUGCUGUUUUUGUUUACUAAUAUUUAUCUUAAACACAUUGUUUAAGGAAAGAUGCCUAUUUAAAAAAACAGAUUAAUUACAAGACAAAGAAAAAAUACAAAACAUGGCUCCCCUCAAGCAGAAGUCACGCUCUGAUAGAAAUGAUGGAGAUCUUACAAAUAGUCCUUGCAAGAGUCUCAAGUUCAGACUAUUAUCACUGUUGGUCUUAAUUAUUGGGCCACCUUUUCUUUUAUACCUGGUUCUUCGUUGUGUUAAGAAUCAGUGUGUGCUCUUCCAACUUCCUUUGGUUGUUCCAACUCACCUAAAUGCAUAUUUUUCUUCGUAUGCUGCUUUACUUGUGUUUGGAUUCAUAAUGAUUAUGCUUUUGAUCAGCUUUACAUCCAGACCUGCUUAUCUGAAAGAUAUGAAAGGAUUUGACCAGCCACAAGCAUCAACUGCUUUUGCCUCUUUAGUCUGCGCUACCAUGAUUAUGUUGAUACUAGCUUAUCUAAAACCAGAAUAUAUUAGAUUCUUAUAUGAAGAAUACUUGCGAAUGUUUGCAACAACUACAGCAUUCUGUAUUGGUUUUAGCUUUUUUGUAUUUACAUUAAAUUUCAUAGGAGUCCUGGAAAAAGACAGGGCUUUUUGCUACCCAAUGGCAUUUUUGUAUGGCUACAACACAAAUGUGAAUAUAAACCAUGUGGAGCUCAAGUAUUUCUUCUAUGUGCAUGUUGGAAUGGUGGCUUGGGCUUUGCUUGAUCUCAUAAUUUUUCUUGAUGCUUAUUUAAAUCAACCCUUUUCUUAUUCCGCGACCUUCUUGGCUUUUACACAAUAUGUUUUUAUAGCCCACACCUUACUUUAUGAGUCUUACUUGCGAAAGCGGCCAUUUGUUUAUACUGAAGGGCUUGGCUUUUUAUGGCUAAUGCAAGUCCUUAUGUACCUUCCUUUCCUGCACUCACUGCCAGUUUAUUAUGUUGCUACCAUGGAGAGUUCAUUAUCUUGGCAGGCCAUCUUAGCUGAUACUGUCUUAUUUAUUUUUGGUUUUGUUAUCAACAUAAGUUCCAUUCACCAGAAAGAAAAAUUUCUAAGUGAUCAUCAGUCUUACAGAAAUUUAAAAUCCAUUCCUGGCCCAGCUCACAGUGGAAAACGCUUGCUAGUCAGCGGAUAUUGGGGUGUUAUACAGAAGCCAGAUUACUUAGGUUACAUGAUCAUUUGGUUGUCAUGGACAAUUGCUUGUGGCUAUAGCUUACUGGCUAUUGCUGUGCUUUUAGUUGUGUAUGCGACCAUGUUUAUGUGGCUAAAAAAAAGUGCACAGUACAAGCUGGAAGUGUAUGGGCCUGCAUGGCAGAAGUAUGUCACCUUUGUUCCUUAUCAAGUCAUUCCGUAUCUUUUCUGAUGAACAGAAGAAGCAGUAUUUUAACAAAUGUGAUGCAUAAUUAAAAAAAAAUUUAAAAAUUGUAUGUGCUACUGGAUUGAACUCCUUCAUCAAGUUGAGAUCCACCUUGGCAGCGGACUUAUUUUCCAGAGCAAGUCAGGCUUGAUAUUUUCAUCUGUGUCAUUAUAACAUCUUAAAAGUGUUUCAUUUGUACCCAUUUGUAGUAUUGUUUACUUUGAAAAGCUAAACAAUGAAAUGUUUUGUAGGUAGGCUACUCAAAAUUUCAUCAAAAUAUUUUGCUUUGAAGAUUUCUUGUAUAUUAAUAUCAACAUAUCUGCCUUUUAAUUCCAUUAUACUUCUUUUGUAUUUAAUAAUACCAGUAAACAAUUCAUCUAAAUUAAAAUAUUUGCCUUUUUGUUCCAUUAAGGAACUUUUUGGUACAUAACAAUACUAGUACGAGUAUAAGUAAACAAUGUUAAAAUUUUUCAUUUUAUUCAUCUUGUAUUUACAACAGCAUAUAUACAAUAAAAUAUCUUUGGCAGAAA